AUUACCGAUGAUUAUUUUCGUUAUAUUUUUGUACUCCAAAAUCCACAUGAUCACAUGUAUCAAACUAUCAACAAUACAUCUUGAUUUUCAAUAAUUAACAAGUACAUAAUAAAAUUUAAAAAUGCCGAAAGUUAAAUCAGAAAAAACUAGUCGUGUUCACGACAAAAUUGCUAAACAAGGUAUUAUGUUUAAUAAGGAUUUUGGUCAACAUAUUUUAAAAAAUCCAAUGAUUAUUGAAAGUAUGGUAGAAAAAGCAGCAUUAAGAUCAACUGAUGUUGUAUUAGAAAUUGGACCUGGUACAGGUAAUAUGACAGUUAAAAUGUUGGAAAAAAGUAAAAAAGUUAUUGCAUGUGAAGUUGAUACACGUAUGGUUGCUGAAUUACAAAAACGUGUUCAAGGAACAGCUUUACAAUCAAAAUUACAAAUAAAAGUUGGUGAUGUACUUAAAGCUGAUUUACCAUAUUUUGAUAUUUGUGUUGCUAAUGUACCAUAUCAAAUAUCAUCACCACUUAUGUUUAAAUUACUUUUACAUAGACCUCAAUUUAGAUGUGCUGUUCUUAUGUUUCAAAGAGAAUUUGCUGAACGUUUAGUUGCUAAACCUGGUGAUAAAUGUUAUUGUCGUUUAAGUGUUAAUACACAAUUACUUGCAAGAGUUGAUAUGUUACUUAAAGUUGGUAAAAAUAAUUUUCGUCCACCUCCAAAAGUUGAGAGUAAUGUUGUUAGAGUUGAACCUAAAAUUCCACCACCACCAAUUAAUUAUCCAGAAUGGGAUGGUUUAACACGUAUUGCAUUUGGAAGAAAAAAUAAAACACUUUCAGCAUCAUUUAAACAAACAACAGUUAUGACAAUGUUAGAACAAAAUUAUAAACUUCAUUGUAGUCUUCGAAAUAUACAAGUACCAGAUAAUUUUGAUAUAAAAGAAUUAGUCAAUAAAGUUUUGGAUGAAGCUAAUGCAGCAAAUAAACGUGCUCGAUCAAUGGACAUGGAUGAUUUUAUAAGCUUAUUGCAUGCGUUUAAUUCUCAUGGAAUUCAUUUUACAUAAAUGUAAUUAUAACAAUUUUAUUUGUAAAUUAAAAUGUUUAUUUGAAAAAUAAAAAGAGAUUUUUUUAUACCAC